AUGAAGCUGAUGAUAUCGAUGUUGCGUUGUGCUCUUGCCGCCAUGGCGUGGAUGUCUUGUGUUACAUGUACUGUUACAGCUGCCUCGGCUGAUGGAGGGAUCAUCAAGCUGAGCGUGCUGUUAGGCGAGUUUGGGGAAACGACGCCUUUGGAGGGAGCAUCGGUGGAGUGCUAUGACCAGGAUGCUUCUAGUAAAACCGCCAUUACCAGUCCGGCGACAACGGGAAAGGAUGGGGUGGCGGAACUAGAGUAUGGCAUUGUAAUAGGAGAGUUGGACUCAAGACACCCAAAUCCAAAUAUCAUCUGCAAGGUCAUGUCAAGCGACUCCAUGGCCACAGCAACACCUAUCCUCACCAUGUAUACAGAUACCCAUUGGAACUGCACCCAGGAUCCCCUGAUUGACCUGGGUACCCUAGUGGUUGCUCCAGACCGACAAAAGCGUGGCGAUAUCGGUGAUGCCAAUGGCUGUGGUCCAGCAUCGCUUCCUGAGUUCUUGACCAGACUUGUGGAACAAGGGACGGGAAUGGGACUUGGUUGCACCAACCAUGACUAUUGCUACUCCAAUUGCCUUGGGGAGACACAAAAGACUUGCGACGAUGAAGCCCGUAGGAUUUGGAGAUCCGAGUGCGAGAGAAAGAUGCAAGGGAAAACUGCCAAGACCAUCUGCAAGGAAGGUUUGGCAGAGGCAAUGUACAUGGUCGUUACCGGUGUUCCUGGGGACAUGGCAUACCGGGCAGAUCAGAUCGACAAAUGCAAGAAUACUACUAGCAAUGCUAGGGAUGGUGCAAAUGACGACGACGAGUAUCAUCAUGAUUUGUCCUCCUCUCUACGGAUACAAACGAAAUCGCUGUAG